AGGCCCCUGUCUCUGAAGCGGUGAUCAGAGGAAAAUUGCUGCUACGACCGAAACAUAGAAAGAAGACAUAGCUACAUCUUCUUGUUUCUAAGUCCCAUUCGGACGCCAGUGUAUUAUUUGCAUAUUUUCUUGUGGCAAAACCAGGACGACGCUGAAAUUCUUACUUUACUCUACUUUUUACUGGGGAGCAUUAUACUCACUCGGCUAGCUAGCUAGCCAAAAGGGGGGCAGCUAGCUAGCCUAGCUAGGUUAGCUGGCCAGCUAGCAUCUCAGGCGGUUUCAAAACGUUGGCUAGCCAGUCGCAUCAUACGACUAGAAUCCAAGAACAAAAGUCUUGCAUUGGAUUUGCCCCCUGAAGUCAUGGAGAAGGAUGCGUGUGUUGAAGAAAAGGAUAAUGGUGAAGCCGUCAUGGAGCUUGUAAAUGAGCCAGUGAGAGACCCAGUGAAAGACCCAAAUGCAUCAUCAGCUUACAGAUACUCAAAGGAGGAGCUUUUGGAAAUAAAGGAAUACCCAUUCUCUAAUGAAAGGCCUGAGUGUCUUUCAGAAAAAUAUGACAGUGAUGGUGUGUGGGACCCAGAGAAAUGGCAUGCCUCACUCUACCCAACAUCAGAGUGUAGCUCCCCAGUAGAAGGUUAUAAAAAGGAAUAUGUGGAAGAUCGAGUCCCUUUGAAACGUAGAAUUGCAGAUCCCCGUGAGCGACUAAAGGAGGAUGACCUAGAUGUUGUGCUGAGUCCCCAACGCCGCAGCUUUGGAGGGGGCUGUCAGGGCAUUGCUGCUCCUGCACCUCUUACCCGCCGCCCUGUCAGCCCAUUGGAGAACAAGGAGAACGAGACUCUCAGACUAGGAGGGGCUCGCCGCAUCGGCAGUGGUCGCAUCAUGGCAGCACGAGGCUUUGAGAGGGAAGGUCGUGUAGAGAAAGAAAGAGAACGAGAGAGGGACUUUAAGGAUAAGAGGUUCCGGCAGCGAGACUUUGGUGACAAGCGUGUUUUCAGUGAAAGAAGAAGGAAUGACUCCUAUGCAGAAGAGGAACCUGAAUGGUUCUCAGGAGGUCCUACCAGCCAAUCAGAGACCAUUGAGCUCAUUGGAUUUGAUGACAAGAUUCUGGAGGAAGAUAAACGUAGACCCAAGCGUUCAAGGAAGCGAACGGACUCUGUGAGAGAAGCAGUGGAAUGUAAUGGUGGUUUAGCAGAGGAGCCAGAUGUGGUCCGAGAUUCCACUGCAGAUCAGGAGGUCCCACACCCGGAGGUCCUCCCAGAGCAAACAUCUGGAGACUUUGACUUCAAUGAGUUCUUCAACCUGGAGAAGACCAUGCCAGGGUUGGCUUCGAUGAUAGAAGAUGUUCUGGGGGAGGGCCCUGUAUCAGCCAGCCGCUUCAGCCGAUGGUUCUCUAGUAACCUGAGCCCCUCUGGUAGCCGCUCCAGCAGUCUACGCUCCACCCCACACGAAGAGCUGGAAAGACUGGCAGGCUUCGACCCCCGAUGUACCUCCCCCAGCCAGGGACCGGCACCGUACUUCACGCCCAUCCAGUCAGAGCGCAAGGAGAAGGUCGAUAUCCUGGAGCUGCUUCACAAGGCCAAGAUAGACCUGAAGCCUCUCCUCUCAAGCCUUUCUGUCAACAAGGCGCGACUACGAGAGAGUACUCACUCAGGUGUGGUGCUCUCUCUGGAGGAGGUGGAGGGAGGGCUAAAGGGGCUGAAAGUGAGUUCUGAGCCACAGGCUCGCAAGGCUCCCCAUCAGCAGCGGGGGGAUGGAACACCCUUCAUGGCUGAGCAUCUGGAAGAAGCUUUAACAGGCAGCUCUGUGGGGCCCCGCGGCCGUCCACGGGAUCCUGACAUGUCAGCCUUCAACAAGCUGGUCAGCAGCAUGAAGGCAAGUGGAACUUUGCCUACCCACCCCAAAGUCAACACCAACAACCUUCAGCAAUCCUCAGACCCUACCCUGAUGCCACUGCCUGAAGCCCAGGUGCCCGCUCCACAGCCGAAGAACAUAUUCCAGGAGCUCCUGGGUGCUCAGUGUCCUCCACACAGUGGCUCCCCCAUACUCCUCAGCAGCCUGCUGCCCAGCCCUGAUGCCCUGCCAGCCUCUACCCAUGGCCUGUUGCAGCACAGGGGCCCCUCACCCCCACUCUUCCCACAGAGGGCACCAUCACCAGACUACUUUAGUGGACGCAUGCAGCCUGCAGCAGGGUUUCCUGUUGGUCCACCACCUAUGUUGGCAGAUCAGUUCCCAGGCAUGCAUCGAUCAUUGAGCCCUGGACCUACUCCACAGCAGCAGAUGAGGGUGCUCUCUAUGGGGAUAGAUCAGGCUGACCUGGAGGCCCUGGUGUUUCAGCAGGACUUGGCUCUGCAUGCGCAUCACUCUUUCCAGGCAGGCUACAACAAGCAGCUCCAGGACAAGGCCUAUCGCAACAGACAACCACAAAUGAAUCGGUCCCCAGUCCCAGGCCCUCAUCCUGCUGGCAGAAACUCUCCUUGCAAUGCAGUCACUGUGCUGUCUGCGUCCUUUACUCCCACAUCUGUGAUCCGAAAAAUGUACGAGACAAAAGAGAAAAGUAGAGAUGAGCCAGGUAGUCGUCCUGAGGGCAAGGAGGACGCUGGAAACUUUCAAGAAGACGGCAGCUCCCCUAAUUCUUUCCUGGAAGGAAUGGAUGGGAAUGGUCCUCAGACUGGUGGGGUAAAAGCCUGCUCCACCCCACUCUCCUCCCAAACUCGGCCCUCCAAGGAACAAGAGCGUCCAAAGCCCGGCUCUGCUGGACACCAUACUCCCACAUUGGUGUCCCCUGGGCCAUCCUUUCCCAGACCUAUCUAUCCAGUACCACUGCUAUCCCAUGUUCCAAUCGUACGUCCCCCUCCACCCCAGCUUCACCCCAGCGUGGUGCAAAGGAUGUUGGCCCAGGGAAUCCAGCCCCAACAGCUUGGCCCGGCUUUGCUACAAGCAGGUAUAUUUCCACAACAUGUAGACCUUGCACAGCUUCAGAGCUUACCCCCUGCCUUGCUUGGACAACCCCUCUACCCACUUGGUGCAACAGGGCACCCUCUCUUACCUCCCAGAGCCAACACCCACAUGCAGCUAGCAGUUAUGCAGCAGCAACUCCAACAGCAACAAAGACCAACACUGCAUCAUCCAACAGUCCACGGCCCUCAGUCUCAAAACCAUGGCCCCCAUCGGACGAACCACUCCCAGCGGCGCGAGGGCAGCCCCCCUCUCGGCCUGGCCAAGUGGUUUGGCUCGGAUGUACUGGAGCAGCCCCUUCCCUCCAUGCCUGCUAAAGUUAUAAGCGUUGACGAACUGGAGUUCCGGCCGUGAGCAUUUAGAAGAUGCUGGCUAUAGCAGGACUUUUCUUUGUCUCCCAUCUUCACAUCCCCAUUAGUGACAAACGUGAACUUUCAUUUCUAAGUCAAAAUGCACAGAUUUGAGAUGUCUGUCAAUUCUUUGUCUUAAACCUUGAAGUCACUGGUAGUGUUUAAAGAGGCCUAAACUUAAGAAAGGGAAAGAUGAGUAAUGGGGUUCUUUUCUGCAGCCUAUUUGUUUUGAGUAUUCUUUUUGUAUUCAGUUUUUGCAGAAAAGAUGAAGUAAAUGUAUAGGCCCAAAUUGUACAGACCAUGGGAAAGAAACGUAUUCUCCCUGUACAUAAUAGAUAUGAUUUCUUUUUCUUGGUAUGGAAAAGGUUGUAUUGCAGUUAAAUGGAGAACUGCCAGGGACUUGAGUGGAACCUCUAAGACGGGUAGUGUUUCCAUCUGAUCCUGGUGAAGUUACCCCCCCCCCACACCCCCCGAUUGGAACUGCACUGAGAAAAGGGCUACUGCAAGUUGUUUGAUUGUGGAGGUUCCCAGAGUGUUUCCCAUCAAAUGCCCCUCUAAGGCAUUGUCAGUGGCCCUGUUUGUAGCGGUAACUAGUUUGAGCAUUUCAGGACGCCCCCAGUGGUAACAGCAAGUGCUGGUUGUGCCUUUCUUUCUCUUGUAUUUUUUUUUUUUUUUUUUUACCGUAUUCCCCUCCCAUUCGCCCCGUCACUGGAAGAGAAGCACUGCUGAAAUCACGAUUUUCUUUUUUGGGGGGUGUUUGGGAUUCCGUUUAAGGUAAUGUGCUGUUAAGUUAUAAAAGCACAAUUAGAAUUAAUAAAUAAAAUGUUCAAUAAAACGAAUUCACAAAA